AAGUCAUGUCAAAGGUGAUAUAGUAAUGCUAAUAAUAGUAGAAUAAUAAGACCUCGAAUAAUGAGAUCUAAAAAAGCUUGGUCAUCGAACCUUCAAAUCUAGGACACCCAUACCCAUUAAUUCCUUCUUCAGCCAUGCCUUCCACUUCUAGGGUUUCAAUCCUCUCUUUCACACUCCCAAUUCCCACUCCCACUCUCACUCACCAACCCUCUCUCAUUCAUUCGUCAUCCCCCAACAAAUAAACCACGCUUCUCUGCAAACCCAUUUCACACUCUCUCAUUCUUCUUGCUGGGGGUGGGGGGGUUUCUUUGCUUUAUAUUCUGGAUUCUUCAAAUUUAGCGGGGGUGCGUUUAUCAAUCAAUUAGGGAAAUUUUCUACAAUGAUUUCUUCUGGGAUUAACUUGGUCAUGACUGUGAUUGGUUUUGCUGUUAGCACAAUGUUUAUUGUUUUCGUUUGCACAAGACUCGUUUGUGCUCGAAUUCACAUGAAUGCUUCUAGAAGAUCCUUUCUCGUUGCUUCCAGAUCCAAUCUCACCAUGAUGGAGCGUGGUUGUCAAGGUCUUGAACGCAUAGAUGUAGCUAAAUUUCCAGUAAAGAAGUACAGUGACAAGUUUUUUGCUGCUGGUGAAAAUUCUCAAUAAUCACCUCAUGGUACCCAACAUUCAAUUUUGCUGUAUUUGCAGAUGCACAGUCUGUCUCUCAGAGUACCAAGACAAAGAUACACUGCGUAUCCUCCCUCAUUGUGGACACUCCUUCCAUAUGGCCUGCAUAGACAUAUGGCUGCAACAGAAUGCCACUUGUCCUGUUUGUCGAAUAUCAUUGCGUGAAUUUUCCGAGAGAACGCAAACAAUGCAACCUGUAUAUAGCUCCCAUUACGGGAUGGAGUCCUUCGAUACUCAUCAUUAUCACUGUAUGAUGGAUGAUAUUGGAUUAUCGUCAACAAGAAUCCCCGACAACCAUGGGGUGAACCCUAUACAAGAGGAUCACUUUCCAUCUGAGGGUGGUGGAGCAGUUGAUAUCGACAGUAUCGCCUCCUUAAGUCCGAGCGAUUUCAUUAAAGAUGAAGGGAAGAAGCAUGUAGAGAGCCCAUCAAAUUUAUAAAUUUUGAAUGGUUCCUUUCAAAUCACUAAUUGAGUAAAAUUCAUGUUCCAAAAUUGGAGUGUUGAAAUGCAUUAGCAUGUUGAAAGAUGGUUAUUUUCUUUUCUUUUACUAUUUUACUGUAUAUAGCAAAGAAAUUUUACCCCUCUCAAGGGCCUCCCUUUGCUGUCUCCUCCUUUGUUCUUUUCUUGAUCUUCAACAGUAGCUAGGACUUGAAUCUCUCUCUCUCAUUUUCUUAGCUGUAAUUGUUGUUAAAGACUAGAAUUAGUUGCGAUCAGCUGGAGCUCCAGCUGUCUUUCCCCCUGUAGAUCAUUGUAUUAAUGCAAUUCACACACUGUCAUUAUUGUAUCUUGUCUUUUUGCUCAACAUUGUAUACUUUUUUGGUGAUACACGUGUUGUCCUAGUAAGGUUCAUGGUGAUUAUUUUCC